UUUAUUUCCCCAAGACUUCUACAUCGAGGCUAUUUAGUUGAGUCUCAAUAUAUCUAAUGCAAAGUUCUUGACUUCUCUUCUGAAUUCUAAUUACAAUAAUCAAAAUUCAUAUUAAACCAAAAAAAAAGAAACAUUUUAUUCCGAAAGACUUGCCAUUAUAUCCCAAAAAAAUGACCAAACCACCAAACAUGCCCCACACUAAACAAUCUCAACCUCUUGGGCUCAUCUUCCUAUUCUUCAACCUGAUCAUCAACAAGCAGUACCACUAAAACAUGGCUCUCACAAAACUCUUUGCAGUUUUUCUCAUCUGCCUCUUCAGUUUCUACUCUAAAACUGCCAAGUCACAGUACUGCGGCUGCUCUCCCAUCCUUUGCUGCAGUCAGAAAGGUUAUUGUGGUAUUGACGACGAUUACUGUGGCUCUGGUUGUCGAUCCGGUCCUUGCAGGAAAAGUAAAGAGCCGCUUGACAGGAUUGUUACACAAGAAUUCUUUGACAAGAUUAUUAGCCAAGCCAAUAAUAGCUGCGCCGGAAAAAGAUUCUACACCCGUGACUCUUUCAUCAACGCCGCUAAUACUUUCCCAAACUUUACAAGUUUCGUUACCAGGCGCGAGAUCGCUACACUAUUUGCACAUUUCACUCACGAGACCAAACAUUUUUGCUACAUAGAGGAGGUAGGGAGUUCAGGUGACUACUGCGACAAGAACAACAGAGAAUAUCCAUGUGCACUGGGCAAGAACUACUAUGGUCGUGGUCCGUUCCAACUAACAUGGAACUACAACUACGGAGCUUGUGGUCGGAUUCUCGGUGUCGACCUUCUAAGCCAGCCCGAGUUUGUGACUAGCAAUCCAAAUGUGUCUUUCGGGACGGCCUUAUGGUUUUGGAUGAAUAGCGUUAGGCCGGUGCUGAGCCAAGGAUUUGGAGCGACUAUUAGAGCCAUCAAUGUGAUGGAGUGUAACGGGGAGAACUCAGGUGCGGUCAAUGCAAGGAUUAGGUACUAUAGAGACUAUUGUGGCCAGCUUGGUGUAGAAUCUGGUGCCAACAUCACUUGCUAAAAAAAUGCACCGAAUAUAGAAGUGAUGUAAAGCUUUUGUAGUAAUAUAGUGAGAAUGAAUCAAAUUAUUUAAAGAUUAGUAAAAGAAUUAUA